AUGACAACCAACGACAUUGCUAAUCCUUUGAAAAAGUACAAACUUGUUUUCUUGGGCGAACAAAGUGUGGGCAAAACGUCACUUAUCACGCGCUUCAUGUACGAUACCUUUGAUAAUACAUACCAGGCAACCAUCGGCAUUGAUUUCUUGUCGAAAACCAUGUAUCUGGAUGAUCGUACGAUCCGUUUACAGCUAUGGGAUACAGCUGGUCAGGAAAGAUUCCGUUCCUUAAUACCGAGUUACAUCCGAGAUUCAUCCGUAUGCGUCGUUGUUUAUGAUAUCAGCAACCGAGCUUCAUUUCUCAACACAACCAAAUGGAUCGAUGAUGUUCGGGCAGAACGUGGCAAAGAUGUCAUUAUUGUACUUGUUGGAAACAAGACGGAUUUGAAUGAUAAACGGCAAGUGUCAGUGGAGGACGGUGAAAACCAAGCGAAAGAAUACAACGUCAUGUUUAUAGAAACAAGCGCAAAAGCUGGAUUCAAUGUCAAGGCACUUUUCCGUAAAAUCGGUCAUGCGUUACCAGGAAUGGAGAAUGGCACAGACGAUGGACAACGUGAUCAAUUGACCAAGGUCGACCUAAGUGACUCUUCGAACAAGGACGAAAGUAGCUCAUGCGCAUGCUAA